AUGGCGGUUGAGAAGGGAAGGUACUGUGUUACAGGGGCUGGCGGGUUCGUUGCGUCGUGGGUCGUUAAGCUUCUGCUUUCCAAGGAUUGCACCGUCCACGGCACCGUUAGAGAUCCCAGCAAUGACAAGUACGCCCACUUGAAAAAACUUCACAAGGCAUCUGAGAACCUUCAACUAUUCAAAGCUGACUUAUUGGACUUUGAGUCUCUUCGUGCAGGGAUUCUAGGAUGCGACGGAGUGUUUCAUGUUGCUAGUCCAGUCCCCUUCAGCACUGUGCCAAAUCCUGAGGUAGAAGUUGUUGAACCUGCCGUGAAGGGAACACUUAAUGUACUUAAAGCUUGCCUUGAAGCAAAAGUCAAACGAGUUGUUUUUGUGUCCUCUGUUGCUGCUGUGAUCAUGAAUCCUAGGUGGUCUGAAGGUCAAUUGUUGGAUGAAACUUGUUGGUCGGAUAAGGAAUACUGCAGAAAAACUGAGUCCACUGUAAAUGCAAGUACCUUGGUCCUCAUCAAGCUUUUGGAAGAAGGGUAUGAGUCAUUGGAAAACAAGGUCCGAAUGAUAGUUGAUGUGCGGGAUGUAGCUCAAGCAGUCCUUCUGGCAUAUGCGAAGCCCGAGGCUGAAGGAAGAUACAUAUGCACCGCCCACCAUAUCAAGGCAAGGGAUCUCGUCGAGGAGCUGAGGAGCAUUUAUCCUGAUUACAGUUAUCCUAAGAACUUUGUUGAAGUAGAAGAACAGCGGCGGUUGAGCUAUGAGAAACUGCAAAGGCUGGGUUGGAAUGCCCGGCCAUUGAAGGAGACGCUCAUCGACUCUAUUGAAAGCUACAAAGAGGCUGGAAUCUUAGAUUGA